ACACCACCAUCACACCACACCACACAAGUGCUUCACAGAGCUUACACUCUACCAAGGUGCUCCAAGACUCACACUUGAGUCUUGAAGACAAAACUUAGAAGUAAAGAUGCGGUCGUCUGUGUUAGUGAGCGUGGUGGCAGUGUCGCUGCUGGUGGCACCUCUAGUGCCACAGAGCAACGCACAGAUUACAGAGGCUCUGGUAACAGCCUUGGCUGGGAAAGUUGCUGGACUGUGGGAUAAUGGCCAGCUGGAGCUACUGGGUAACUACUGUAACUACAACGUCAGGCCUACCAUCAAGAAGUUUCAGCUAUACUUCAAUGGAAGCAUGUAUUGCCCUGGCUGGACCACCAUCAGAGGAGAAGCAUCAACGCGGAGCAGGUCUGGUGUGGUCGGGGAGACCACCAAGGACUUCAUCAGGAAGGCUAUGGCAGCCGGUCUCAUCACUCAGCAACAAGCAACAGAUUUUUUGAAAACUUAAGUCAUUUCUCUUUCUUAGAACCCAUAAAUAACCCGUAUUUUGGGGACAACGAGCAGCUGUAUUUCAUAGUUCCCCCGAGUUAUCUGGAAAAAUAAUACGUUUUCGUGGUUCAAAGAAUAGUUUAAUUUCUUAUAUCUGAUUAAGAUUCUUCAACUGAUAAUUAAAUUUUUGUUCAGAUUCCCAAAUAUUUGUCACAGACAACUAAGGAACCACGUGAUCGUGAUUCUCUUACCAUUCUGCUUAUUUACUUCUGUGAUCACAUGCUCAAGAUAUUUUUUAUAUUUGGUAGUCAUUCCAAAUGAAUGCCUUAUAUAAUGUUUUCGUGAUAUGUAAUAAACAAAUUUAAUACAUUCAUAUAA